AUGCGAAUGGGCUUACAUGAAAAUUGAAGAAACUUUAAUCGAUUCAAACCCUGAGCACAUUGCUUCUAUUUUCUUAAAGGGUUCAAUCCGGAACGCGGAGCUCAUCGAGUCCCAGGCUGUUGCUCCCACUCGGACUAGUUUACCAUUCAUCUCAUCUCAUCUCAUCUCAGCACAGCACAGCAGCGAUGGCAGCGGUCAGGACGGCACUGAAUGGACGCUUUCUUCAGCCUCUCUCCCGGUCAUGUGGGUCGUUGCGGUUCGUCAGCUCUUCCUUUAAGGCUGCAGAUCUUACCAUAGAGAGGAACCCUGUACUGAAGCCAAAGCCAGACCCCUCGACCCUCGUGUUCGGCAAGCAGUUUUCAGACCACAUGCUGACAGUCAGCUGGUCUGCAGCAGGAGGAUGGGAGGCACCUCAGAUCAAGCCCUUCCAGAAUCUGUCCCUUCACCCUGCUUCCUCAGCCCUGCAUUACUCCAUAGAGCUAUUUGAGGGCAUGAAGGCAUUCCGGGGAGUAGAUAACCGUAUCCGUCUUUUCAGGCCGAUGCUGAAUAUGGAGCGCAUGUACCGGAGCACGGAGAGGAGCUGCCUGCCUUUGUUUGAGAAGGACGAACUGAUAAAGUGUAUCAAUAAGCUGAUUGAGGUCGACCAAGAAUGGGUUCCUUACUCCACAGACGCCAGCCUGUACAUCAGACCAACCUUUAUAGGAACUGAACCUUCUCUAGGUGUGUCUCGAGCGGGUCAUUCUUUGCUCUUUGUCAUCAUUGGGCCCGUUGGACCUUAUUUUGCCACUGGAGGCUUUAGUCCAGUGUCGUUGCUGGCAGAUCCUCGAUAUGUCCGGGCCUGGAGGGGCGGUGUUGGAGAAUACAAGAUGGGAGGUAACUAUGGGCCGACGAUUGCUGUUCAGAGCGAGGCGGCCAGGCAGGGCUGCCAGCAGGUCCUCUGGCUGUACGGAGAGAAUGAGGAGAUCACGGAGGUCGGAACCAUGAAUCUCUUCAUCUACUGGACCACAGAGAACGGAGAGAAAGAGUUGGUCACCCCUCCACUUGAUGGCGUCAUUCUUCCAGGAGUCACCAGACAGUCACUUCUAGACCUUGCCAGAGAAUGGGGGGACUUCAAAGUGACAGAGCGCAGAGUUUUAAUGAAGGAGCUGAUAGACGCUUUAGAUGACGGACGGAUUCUGGAGGUGUUCGGUUCGGGCACUGCAUGUGUGGUGUGUCCAGUUGGCAGUCUGCUCUACAGAGGACAGACUUACCAAAUUCCCACAAUGAAGAAUGGUCCGGACCUUGCUAAGAGAUUCCAUAAGGAGCUCACUGACAUCCAGUAUGGACGCACUCAGAGGGACUGGGCACCUGUGAUCGUCUAACCGAUCUGAAGCUGGUUUCAUGUUUAACCUCAUCUCAAGUGUUUGUGUGUAGACUAAAUAGAUGGGUGUUAUUCUACAGUAACAACCUUUCUAAACAGAAAACCACCUAUUACAUGUAUGCAGUCUUUCUAAAUGACCUUACAUACUUGCUUGCAUAUUCAUAUGGUACAAUUUUAGCACUAGAGAUCGUCCUUAAACCUGAGCACAAGCGUCAUAAGCAAAUAUGUCCUUGCAAUAGUUACUGAUUCAAUCUUUAAACUUUUUUUUAUCUUGUUUUACCAAAAAGUCUUGCUGUUUCCCUUUUGUCUCCUAAAAUGUUAUUUUCCUACAACUUUCAUGUGUAUUAACAUUUCAAAUUUCAUAUAGCGGGAAUGGUGCUAUGAAAUCAGGCCGUUGAGAAGGAUCAGACUUCUGCACAUAAUCAUUUUAAUGUAAAUGUUCAUUGAUGUUCAUGAGCUGCUUGUUUGUGUAACGCAAGAGAACAGAUGUCAUAAUUUUCUUUCUUACUAGCAAGAGGACAGACAUUCAUUCAUUUUGCAUCAAUUUUAAACGGUUGUUUUUUUUAAAAGACACUAAAUUGAUUUGAAAUUAUUGUCCAUGUAGGGAAGUACAAGGACAGUGUGUUAUCACCAGAUAUAGAUGAUUUAAAACCAUGAGCUGAACUUAUGCAUGCACAAAGGGGCUUCAGGACGGCCCGGACCUAGUACCUCUAGAGACCACUAGAAAAGUCUUGAUGUGAUCGUUACUCUGCUCUGUGUGUGUUAUCUAUAUGAUAUAUUUGGAACAACAAUGUGACCUAUAUGUACAUGUGUUUGUGAAAUAUUGAAUGUUCACUGAACAUGUAGAAUGUAUCGGUUUUAACUUAUUCCUGGUGUUGUUUUAAUGGCUAGAAUAGCUAUCAGCUCAUGAACCCUCCUUGUUUCGUUUUGUUCCCUUCAUGCACUCCACAUCUCUUCUGUCUAAGUGCCUGAUGGAGUUGGCUUUAUCUUUCACAUUUGUCUUUAUUGUGGUGAGGGGGCUGCUGCUGCACACAUGAUUGGUUUGUUUUAUUCGAAGGGUUUUCAAAGUAGAUGUCUUUACUUUUUCUGUUACUGUAUUUUUUCAAAUAAAUUCAGUUUGCAUCCAA